CUGGUAUAAAAAUCAAUAGAGACCAUCCUCCAUCAACAGCUUCACGCUCGCCACUCAUUUUACAUUCAAAUUACAAGACAAUUCUGACUCAUAAUGUUAUGGAUUCAACAAAAACUUUAAACACUCCGGGUUUUCCUUGGCCCCAACCAAGAAAUGACUGCGAUUGAACCAACUUUUCUCGUCUCCUUGGCGUCAGGUGGUGCGGCAGGAACGGCAGUGGACAUUGCCCUAUUUCCAUUGGACACAUUAAAGACGCGUCUGCAGAGCCAUGCUGGCUUUUGGAAAUCCGGCGGUUUCCGCGGAAUCUACUCCGGCGUUGGACCGGCUGCACUCGGCUCUGCGCCCAAUGCCGCCGUAUUUUUCUGCACUUACGACACGGUGAAAAGGUUUGGCCUUCCUCUAUUGCCUCCUCAGCAUGCUUUUCUUGUCCACAUGGCAGCCGCUAGCCUUGGAGAAUUGGCAGCGUGCGUGGUGAGAGUUCCGGUGGAGGUUGUCAAGCAACGAAGACAAACAACCGCGAGACACCUUUCCGCCCUGACUGUAGCCAGGGAGGCUGUUCGGAAGGAUGGCGUCCGCGGCCUUUAUCGCGGCUUCGGAAGUACAGUUGCCAGAGAAAUUCCUUUUUCAGUGAUCCAGUUUUCGCUAUGGGAGGCUUUUAAAAAGGAGCUGGCUGCUAUUAAAGGUGUUGAACAUGUCGACCCAGGAAUUACCUCACUUUGCGGGGCGUUGGCAGGCGGGAUUUCUGCUGCUGUAACAACACCUUUGGAUGUUGCAAAGACCAGAAUAAUGUUGUCUGAUUCUGGCAACCAUGGAUCGAUAUCAAAGGUGCUCAAAACUGUCUAUUCGGAAAAAGGCGUUCGAGGCUUGUUUGCUGGGAUAGUUCCGAGAGUGAUGUGGAUAUCAAUCGGAGGUGCAGUCUUUUUUGGAAUCUACGACUUCACCAGAGUCACGGUUACCAACUUGGGCUUGAGUUAGUGCAACUUUAAAUGUGAUAGAUAUAAACAUAUACAUUUUAUAUAAAAU